AUGGAGUGGAUAGAACAGACAGCUAAUCAGAUCAUAAGGGACAACACACCUGUUAAUGUUCAUGUGCACCCCAGUGCAGCUUGUCCUGAGCUACGGAAUGUAAGUUUGCAUAAACAGGGAAAGUAUGGAUAUGUAUAGUAGAGUAUGGGUAUUUAUGGUAGAGUACGGAUAGUUAUCGUACGGUAUCACCGUAGGGGAACACAUGUUACUGGGAAUAUGUGUUCCCGGGUGGGGGAAACACAUUUCACUAGGGAUAUGUGUUUCCCAGGUAGAGGAACACAUAUCACUAGAAAUAUGUGUUCCUAGGUAAGGGAACACAGAUCACUAGUGGAAUGUGUUUCCCGGGUAGAAGAACACUAGUGAUAUGUGUAUCGCAGGUAGAGGAACACAGUUAUAAUUAUUGCUAGGAAUUAUUCCUGGGUGGGGAAAACUCAUUUCACUAGCCAUAUGUGUUAGGGGGAACACAUAUGAACACUUAUUACUGUGACGUCGUAGUAAUGUGUCCCCUCUAACACAUACCCCAAGGGAAAUGCGUUUCCUCUACACGGAAACACAUAUCACUAUGUGUUCCCCUACCUGGGAAAUAUAUCACUAGUGAUAUGUUCUCCUACGCGGGAAACACAUAUCACUGGUGAUGUGUGUUCUCCUACCUGGGAAACACAUACCACUAGUGAUAUGUGUUCCCCUACCCAGGAAACACAUAUCAGUAGUGAUAUGUGCCUACCAGCGCUAAGCAGCAAACAGCUAUACAUUUGUGUAAUUGAUCUUUUAUCUUUUCUUUCAGGCAACAACAAGAGGGCUGCCUGAUGACCAUGAGGGUCCAGUGCGAGUUAUUGAAAUUCCAGGUCUGUUUCACAGUCCUAUAUCCACCGCACCCUCCCCCCCGCUUUUACCUGUCGUUAAAUUAUCUGGGGGUGGGGGUGGGGAGAAAAAAGGAGAGAGGUGUCGUCACAUCUGAGGAAUUUUAAUUUCGUCAUCGAAAAGGUCGAUGCAAAAUAAUGAUUGGCCAAGAUGAAAUUUGGCAAUGACGUCAUUACUGUCCGAAACUGAGGAGUGACAGGCCAGAUACCUUUCUUCCCUUCCCUCAUAGCCCCCCAAAGAGAUUAAUAGUCACAUUUGAAAACUCGAGUGAAUUAUUAAGAGUGAAGAAAAUUGUUGUGUUUUGUUCCUUUUUUAACAUGUCAGGGAUCGACAGGAAUAUGUGUUGUGGAACACACGUCAGUAAUCUCAGUCAAGUGCAGGUACGCAAUGUUGAAAUAUCAGACACAUCUCUUUUUAAUCCCACUGUUAAAUGUGAUCCAAUUCGGAAGCACAUUCAGACACUUGGGAGCUUAAACAACUACGACGGCGACGGCAACAAGAAUGGCAAAAACGCAAUAGGUUUAGAUCAGCAAAACAACAACUUUGCACGUGCCUCAUGCCUUUUUGUACAUUUCUUCGCCGUCACUGCACCGACGACCUUAAACGUCCUGAUUUCACGUUUUGUGGAGGACGGGAGCACAUGACAACGAUUUUCUUUUUCUUUUUGUGAACUUAGAUUCAGUCCUUUAGAAUUCAACUCUUGAAAAAAAUCGCCAACAUUUGACAAAUUGAGAGUUGCAAUAAGAGCAAUGAAGUUUGAAACAGAAACAGCGCAAAUUCACUUUUUGGGUGCCGUUUUUGUUGCCGUUGCCGUCUUCGUUGUUUAAGCUUCCUAUUAACUAACGAACACAUCUCCAUGACGGUCAUGAAUCCAGUCAUACUCUAUUGUUAAAGUAAAACCCGCAUAUAAGAACCGAAACGAUUAGACCCAAGUCAAAUUUAGAAGGAUUUGUAUGGAGUCAUCAGAGCAUAACUUGGCCAGUAUCACAGAGACAAUUUGCCCCACAAGGCUAGUUUUUGGAAAGUAGGCCUCUUGGAUGUUGUUCUUUCAGAAUAUCCUGACAAAUCCCAGAAUUUCACAAAUUUAACUUUUUAUGACGUCACACUUCAGUACUCCAUACCAGUUGCUUCAAACAUUUGCUUAGACUUGCAACAAGUCGACCUCUUGGCGAGCGGAGCGAGCCUUUUUGGCCGACUGCGAGUGACGAAGUCGCGAGAGGUCGACUUGUCUCACUUGAUGGGUUGCCAUUUGCAUUUCGCGCCAAAAAUGGGGAUUGACGUGACUCGCAUUUGGGGUUUCAGGUUUCAUUCGCGAGUCCUUGACUUCAAUGGCGGAAUGUGCUGUUUCGACUCCGACUAAAUCUAUUGAACGUGUGUGUUUAUCUCCAUCAUCGAAGGAGCAAAUUUGUUUACUUUGUACGAAAGUUUUCUCUAACAAUGAUUUUAGGCGAAAGUUGAUGACCUCAGGGGGCCGGAAAAAACAAAACUUGUUUCAAUCUCGAGUCAAUACUGGGAAAGGAGAUUUCACAACCGAGGAAUCCUUGACAUCCGCACACAUUUUAAACCUACAGAGACUUUUCAAUACACGCAUUUCUCUUCCUGUAACCCUCACGGGGUCAGAACUGACUCCUCAGCUAAAUCCUUCUAUGAAAACAUCUAUAACUUCAAAAACCGCCUUCGCGCUAGAGGUUACCCUCACAAUCUCACCUCAAUCACUUCUGAGGUUAAAUUUACCGAACGGAAGUCAGCUUUACAAAAGAACAGUGAAGUGCAAAACAAAAUUCUACCUUUCGUUACCACAUACCACCCUUCUUUGCAGAACCCUGAAAUCAUUUUAAUGAGCAAAUGGCACUUAAUUCAAGAUCAACCACUACUAAGAGAAAUAUACAACAAGCCUCCCAUCAUUUCAUAUAAAAGAGCAAAAUCGCUGGGAGAUAUCCUCGUUAGAGCAAAACUAUAAGGUUACGUAUCACACUAUCACGAGCUUAUGAGUCAAACCGCAAGUCACGUUUCACUGCGCUUAGUACAUGUGAGUGACAGCUUUAUCCCGAAGGGUCCUUGGGAGCUAUUCUGAUUGGUCCAAGCGUACUGACCCGUUUGGGUCGGUGAAAUUGGCGCCAAUCAAGUAUGAAAAGUCCUUCGUCUCGCGCCAAAUGAAAUCCGACGAAGGACUUUUUUGAAAGUCUAACAUUUGCUGUGUUAGAGGUGUUUCAUCCCAAGAGGGGAGGGGGUAGGGUGUGGGUAUGCCUCCCCUACUGGCAGUCAUGUAAUGGUCUCCCAGAGUAAACAUGUUUUUGAGGUACAUAUCAUUAAAGGACAAUAAUUACUGUUUAUAUUUAAGGUCAUCAAACUGUUUCCAGAAACAGAAUCAAUGCGAGGUGGUACAAGACUGUUUUUCCUUGCUGGAGACAGGGUUCUAAAGUACCUUGGUAAAGCUUUAGAUAAUGAGAGAGCAUUGACUAGGAUGUUAAGGUAAGAGCUUGUUCAUGUGAGCUUUCAUUUAAUGGUCACACCUUGGCUUAGGAUUUCAUCUUCAAACUCAAGAGUUAGAACUACUUUGUAUCAGUACAACAAUCCUACUGAAAAGUACCGCUCAGUAGCUUUCAUCUGAAUGGUCACACUAAGGAUUAAUCCACAGACUCAAAAGUUAGAAUCACCUUGUGCAGUAUAAUAAAACAGUACCACAGGAAAGUAAUGUUCAGUAGCUUUCAUUUGAAUGGUCACAUUUUAGGGUUUCAUCUACAGACUCAAAAGGUAGAACCACAGGAAAGAAAUGCUCAGUAGCUUUGAUUUGAAUGGUCACACUUUAGGAUUCGUCCACAGACUCAAAAGGUAGAACCACCGUGUACAGCAUAAUACACAGUACCACGGGAAAGAAGUGAUAUAGUCGUUGCUCUAUUUAAACGUCUUCUUCCCCAAUAAUGAGCUUCUUUUUGUUGAAGAGGGUUCAUGCCGGAGAAAAAUUCUGUUGAUAAAUGGCGGCGGCAAAAACACCAGUUUCAGUUUUCAAACACUUAGAAGCAUUUGAACUUUCAAGAAUUUAGUGAAUUAACAGCGUGUUGGUAAUGUAUUGAACUUUUAACCGUGUAGGUAACAACCUUACCUUUGGAAUACUUUGCUUAACUUUCCCAAUUUCGGCUCGUUAGACCACAGUGAAACUUAUUUAUCGCAUGUGCACUCACUGGAAUUAAUCUGUUAUCGUUUUCUUAGUGUUGGACCAGAUGAUCACCCAUCAGCAGUGGAUCGUAUUCAAAACUCACUCAAGUCUGUUAACAAGGUACUUUCGACUACUGUGUGGCACCAAAUUUUUGCGGGUUCUAAUUUUUGCGAUUUUUGCGGUUUUUCCAGCGAUCGGCAAUAAUAAGUUCCUGCAAAUAAAAAUUACCGCAAACAUUUUUGCCGCAAAAAUUUACUGCAGAGUAAAUAUUCUCUAACUUAAAUUCGCUUAUGUGUAUAAUUGUAGUCGUGCAGUGAAGGCAAAGAAUGUACAAAACAGCGUGACGCACGUACAAAGUUGUUGUUUUGCUGAAUAAAGGUGAUGUCACACGGGACGAUUUGCAACGACGAUUCUUAGCGCAACACAGCGUAGCAAUGCUGGAACAAUGUUGUAACCAGUCGAAACAAUGUCGCGACAAUGUUGCAACGUUGUGUUGCGCUAAAAAUCGUCGUUGCGAAUCGUCUCGUGUAGCAUCACCUUAAACCUAUUGCUUUUUUGACGUUCUCGUUGCCGUCGCCGUCGUCGUUGCUAAAGCUCUCUACUUGUUUCGUGUGGACCGAUGGCCGAUUCGUGCAAAAAGUUUUGCGGUUUCAAAAAUACCCGGAUUCGUGUUGACGACGUAGCCUAAAGCUUGACUGUCUUUUGUUCUGUUGAUUUUGUUCGACAGGUUACUAAGUCGCAGCUAAGAGAGCUUGCCCAGUUAGAAGCCUAUCAGCUUCAAUCCUCUUGCGAAACGAAAACGUACUUCUACAUACACAGGUAAUUGAAUAAGACGAGUUAAAGAAGUUGUUAGAGAUUGAGUUUAAGUUGGAGCAUCUAUAUUUGCAGUUAGAGUUCGAGUUCAAGUUCGUAUUCAAGAUCGAGUUUAAAUUCGAAAUCGAGCUAGGCUGAAUCUAACAUCAUUACCAAGAAUAUUGAUUCAAGACAUUUUACUGAGAACGCAAGACAUGGCCAAUCUUACCGAGCAUUGUGUCGAUAGUUCUGUGGUUAUCGCGUUCAGUGUGUUUUAGUUUACGAUAUAAGAGAGAUUUUGCCUAGUCUCUAGGCCUCAUUUUCCGCGCGGUCAAUGCGUUUCGGAUCACGUGGUAUCGGAUACGCCCCCGAAAUUCAGUGACCGAGAAUACCUGGGAAGACGCCGUACGAGGACUAACGGCAGGGCGUAAUUUUGAUAUUUUGUUGUGAUGAAUGUUUCGUACUUCUUGCUUUCAUUCUUCUUAGAGAGAAUGGAGAUAUGGAUUACAUGAAUGCACUGGUCAAUGAAUUGUCUAAACAAGUAAGUUCUCUUUGCUAACGUUUCUCGCAUUUCCUUGUUCUUUUGUUACUGUUUCAUUGUUGUUUCUGUCCCCCCUGUUCCCCUGGCUUUUCUUGUUUCCCAUAUUCCCCUUGUUCCCCUGUUCCACUUGCUCCCCCUGUUCGUCUGUUUCCUCUGUCCCCCCUCUUUAGUCUUUAGUCUUAAAGACUAAAGUCCUUUGUCCCUAGUCCUUUGUUUCCCUUGUUCACCCUAUUCCCCUUGUUCCCCCUUUUCCUCUUGAUCACCCUGUUCCCCCUGUUUCCUCUGUUUCUCUUGUUCCCCUUGUUCCCCAUUUUCCCUCUUUUUCCCUAUUUAUUUAAGUGGAGUGCGUGUAAACUAGCUGGAUACGCUUAUUGCACUUUCCACUAUAAACAAGCCCUUAAACCUUUUUUUCCUGUUCCCCUUUUUUCCCUCGCUCCCCUGUUCCCCUCGUCCUCCUUGUUUGCCUUGCCCCCCCCCCCCCUUUCUCCUGUUCCCUCUGUUCCUCUGUGGCCCUUGUUCUCGUUUUUCCCUGUUCUUCUUGUUUCCUCUCUUCCCCUUGUUUUCCCUGUUCCUCUUGUUCCCUCUUUCCCCCUGUUCCCCCUUUUUCCCUGUUCCCCUGUCAUCCUUGUUCCCCGUUUCCCCGUUCCCCUGUUUUCUGUGUUACUUCUGUUCCUCUUGUUACCCUUUCCCCCUGUUCCCAUUUUUUCCUUUUCCCCCCUAUUCCCCUUUUUCUCCCCGUUUCCCUUGCCCCCCCUGUUCCUCUCGUUUCCCCUGUUCCCCUUGUUCUUCUGUUCCCCCGGUUCCCCACGAUCCCCUUGUUUUCCCUUUUCCCCUUUUUUCCUGCUCCCCUUCUUCCCCUUGUUUCCCUGUUCCCCUUGUUGCCAUGUUCCCUCAUUUCCUCUGUUUCCCUUGUUCCCCCUGAUCCCCUUGUUCCCCCUGAUCCCCUUGUUUCCCCUUUCCCCUUUCCCCUUCCUCCCCGUGUUUCCCUGUUCCCCUCGUUGCCUUGUUACCUUAUUCCCGCUGUUUCCCUCGCUCCCCUGUUCCUAUUUUUCCCUAUUCUUCUUGUUCCCGCUGUUCCCCUUUUUGCCCUGUUCUCCUUGUUCCCUUUGUCCUCUCUGUACCCCUUGUCUUGUUAUCUGUUUUUUUUUUUAUCUUACCACCGUAUCAGAAACUUGGAAAAUGAAGUUUGUGUCUUUUUAAACUUUUUUUCAGCCUCGGCUUGUUCUAGUAACAGUAGGACCCGACAAAGGACCCGGGCAGUUCCUUCUUUUUGGAGACGAGAAGCAAGUGUCACAGAUAGGCCCAAAGUAAGUACUUUGACAAAAUGUUCUAAGAAAUGUUGGGGAACAAGGAAACAAGCGGAGAAGGUAACAAGGGAAAAGUGCCAACGCCGAGACUGAAAUAUGUUCCCGACCGUAUAGGUUUUUUUUCAUAACGUUGGUUAGGACCGCGGUAGUCUUCAGUUGUUUUUUAAGCCCAUUUUCCAUAAGCCGGCGAUCAGGCUGUCGUGUUGCAGUUUACGCUAGUUUUCGUGCGAGCAGUUAUCACCCGGCUGAACAGAAACGCCUCGACGGCUCGCUUGCCCGUCUAACAGUCAGGCUGCUCAGUUUCCAUAUGGCUAUUCGCAUCCUUGCUUUAUUUGUUUAGUUCCAAGAGUGAACCAAAUCAAUUUUCUCUUAAAAAGUACCAAUACGUCGUCCCGAGAAAAAGUUAUGCGAACAAAUAAAAUGAUCAUCUAAGGCACAAUUAUCAAUUUGAACUCACAGGUAGCUCGAACAGCGGCACCAUAUUGCAUGGGGAGGGUGGGGGAGUGAUUGCUUUAUUUUCACCUCAAUGAAACGGAAGAAAGGCCUUUGAGGCAAAGUGUCUCAACUAUUGUCACUGCAUACAGAAUAAGCGCAUCACGGAUUGAGACUCUAAACCUUUAGAUUCCACUGUGCUUUCAUGUCUCUUGGGCAGGGAUGAUACUUAGCUGUCCAUCUGCUUAAAUUCCCGUGUUUUUCAUCUUUCGGUAUCAUUCGGCCUUUAGUCGCCACACCCUCCUCCCCUGGUGCCGGUUGACGAGGCCAAGUUUGUCGCCCGCUGCUCACCUUGUUACCACAGUUGUCACCGUCUCCUCCCAUAACUUAGUAAUGACUAAUUUAGUUGCCGAUUGAGUGUUAUCACAGGAAAAUCUGUUUUAUUAAUCAUGCUCUAGCUUAGCCUUAUUUAUUCACUGAUCUCUGUUACGUUGUGCAGAAUUGCUGCUGUUUUUGAAGGCAAAGGCGGCGGAAAAAAGGGAAGAUAUCAAGGCAAAGCAAACACAUUGAAGACAAGAAGUUCUGCUGAAGAUCUUCUAAAGGAAUUCACUUCGAUGUUAGUUAACGAGAGUUAACCCAGCAGUUACAAAAAUGUUCUUAGAAAUGGACAAUUGUUUCACAGUUUUAGAAUUCCUAGAAUAGUGCCAGAUUUCAUAUAGCCGCAUGAAGUCCUUUCCCUGUCCUUUUCCUCGCCAAAAUACCAUGGUCUGACUUUGUAGAGCUUUUUCACAUGAUCUCAUGUCCGCAAUAUCGGUGUUCCAAAACAAUGAAACAGCGGCUAGUAGGCGUCCCAAACAAUUUCUUAUGUAAAACCCUACUUUUCUCAAUAAAUUUGGUUAUUAUUUGUUAAAAAUAUUUCGCCGUUUCCUAUUGGCUAAAAUCACCCGCAUAAUACAUCAUAACCAGCUACUGUUGAUCAAAUUUGGAAGAAUUUUUUUCACAUUCAACCGGUGACGUCAAAAGUGCAGCAGAGUUGAAGAUUAUUGAACCAUUAAACAAGAAAACCUGGAAACGAGUUUGAGUUGUUUUCGAACUGAGUAAUGGCAGAAUAUUUUACUCGUUCACGACGAACUAUUGUCUAAAACCUGGCAAGAACAGCAAAAAGACAACUCGACGGACGACAUCUGCUAAUUGGAGAAUAUUUGCAGACCCGAAAAGCCCUUUAUCUCAUGAACGUCCCGAUAAAGAUGCACUAUCGAUAUGGACAUCGAUGGAGGUAAGCAUAUUUUAGCUUGUUUUUACACUUGGAAUAAUUUUAAAUGAAUAAUAAAGCAAUCGGCCUCCGUGAAUAAUACCCUCCUGGAUUUGCAGAAUUUUUCAUAUCCUUCUCAGCUUCAUUCAAUAAUUGCUAAAUAGCUGCUGGCUAAAUAAAAAGGCUCUGUAAUCAGUUGCAAUUUAUUAUUUGUUUUGGGAGUAGGUGGGGACGGGGGCAUGGAAAGGAGCGUUUGAGUACUUUGUGAUAAUGAUUUUGAAACAAACGAGAAUAACACAUAAACCAAAAAUAAAAUUGAGCCACAAUUUUUGAGAGACAAGAAGGACAUCGUUGUAGCUGUCACCGCGUCAGUCGUAAAGAGUUGUAUUCCAAAUUGAAAG